GCUGGGGGUGCCCUACAAGUGGGACCACUUGGAGAAUGUGGGAGAUGUCCCAGUUUACACACCCAGAACAGGCCAUGCGGUUGUGAACGAGGACGGCGUUUUUUACUUGUUCGGUGGCACAGAUGGAGCAGCACGGCAAAGCGACGUCCACGCGUACAACGUGGAAACGAACCUGUGGCAGGAGAUUCGAGCGGGCGGCCGUCCACCUCCAGCUCGCAGCGGUGCCCAGGCCGUGGUUUGGUCCGGUGCUGUGUGGUUCUUUGGCGGGUAUACCAAGAAGGACGGCGACUACUUCAACGAUGUCUACAAGUAUGACAUUCAAACCAGCAUGUGGGGUUCAGUACACACUCUGGGCGAGGCACCAACGAAGAGGACAGACCACAGCGUCGUUCUCUUUCGGGAUUCGCUGCUGGUCUUUGGCGGCUUUGAUGGCCACAACAGGUUCAAUGAUCUCAGAGAGCUGCACCUCAAAGAUAAGCGCUGGAGCCAAGUCAGUGUUAGAAGUCAAGUGCCUCGAAACCGCUUUGGGCACACAGCCGUGAUAUAUGCGCACUCAAUGUACAUCUUUGGUGGCUGGGAUGGCCAUGACACGUUGCAGGAGCUGUUUGAGUACAACAUCUCCUCAAACAUGUGGAUCCAGUUGCCACUUCGCGGUACUGCCCCUCGAGCUCGUUAUCGGCACACCGCAGUCGUUUGUGGAGAUGCGAUGUUCACAUUCGGUGGCGUGGACAAGACGCAGUACCGCUUUCCGGAUCUACACGAGUACAACUUCACACACAGGCACUGGUUGAAGGUCGCCACAAUGGCCGUGCAGCCCUCUGCCAGAACUUUUCACAAGACGGUUGUACAUGAGGGCUACAUGUACAUACUUGGCGGCUUCGAUGGACGUCGCUUGAACGACAUGUAUCGCAUUCUGCUGCGGACAAAGUCAGAGCUACAACGAUGCCAGAAACAACUUGCAGACCAGGCAGCAAGCAGCCCGCCUGUACCCACCGGCUCUGUUCGUGCUGAAGAUGUUCCUGGCAGCACUGGAGCAGUUGGUGAUGCCCAGGAUGCAGCGCAGACAUUGAUGCCGGAGGAUUUGUGGUGUUGGACUCGAAUCGAGGACCAGCAGGGCCAGGUGUACACUCCCCGCACUGGCCAUGCAGUGGUGGUGUGGAACCACUGCUUCUAUUUGAUGGGAGGCACAGAUGAAAAUGCCCGACAGAACGACAUCUACCGCUACGAUGUCCGUCAUAAGACAUGGGCAUGCAUCGAUCCGGUGACGGGGAAUCCACCUUCAGCGCGAUCUGGCUCCAAGGCGGUGGUAUGCCGCGACAGCAUUUUCUUCUUUGGCGGCUACACGAAGAAGGAUGGUGACUACUUCAAUGACCUGUUUGAGUUCAACAUCCCCAAAGCACAUUGGACCCGCCUUGAUGCAGCACAGAAGCCAUCAGUUCGUACAGACCAUUCCUGCGUGGUGUAUGAGGCAAGCCUUUACAUCUUUGGUGGCUUUGAUGGACGCACCCGCUUUCAGGAUUUGCAUCUCUUCAACACGGAAGAAAGGGAGUGGAUGCAGGUAACAGACACCGACAACGUGCCCGUGGGACGGUUCGGGCAUUCAGCUGUGGUCUACCAGUCCAGCAUGUUUGUGUUUGGCGGCUGGGACGGACAUGAUACUCUGGAUGACUUGUAUGAGUUUUCCAUAACCACGAACCAGUGGUACAGUGUUCCUGGCCGGGGAGAUGUGCCUCCGUCACGCUAUCGUCACAGUGCUGUCGUCCACGGGUGCUGCAUGUUUGUUUUUGGCGGUGUGGACAAGCGCCAGGCUCGUUUCUCUGACUUGUGCGAGUUCAGCUUUGACACUCGGUCAUGGUCAAGAGUAAAGACUACUGGCGAUCCGCCUUCAGCAAGAACCUUUCACCGUGCCUGUAUGUAUGGAGGUUGCAUGUACAUCCUUGGGGGGUUUGAUGGUACACGGCGAAAUGACAUGUACAAGAUUGCCCUCCCCGAACAGCUGCCUCGUGGUGAAGAGAAGCGAAGGCGACGCUUGCAAGGUGCUGGUGAAGGAGAUGCGGAGGCGGCUGCGGAACCAGAGAUCGGGGAAGUGGAAGGCCCUCAGCCUGAGAACAGCAAAGAAGUCACCAGGCUGCGGCUUCAGGUCUUGGAGCUUCAAAAGCGACUCGAAGCGGAACAGGAACGCCAUUUGUGCAAAAUCUGCUACGAACGCGAGAUCAACACAGUCAUCUUGGAUUGUCAACAUCGAGCGGUGUGCUCCAGAUGCCUUGACCAG